GGGGAUGAUUAUCAUAUGUUUGUGAGCACACUAGUCGUGAACAAGAACAAAAUUAAACAUAAUGUUGAGGAAGUAAAACAUUCACAAACAUCAACAAUUUAAGUUUGCUAUCUGUUUAUUGAUCGUUUUAAAUGUACUGUUAUUCGAUUGGAUUUAAGUGUCAACGUAUGGAUUUGUUUUUUAAAACUAUUUUAGAAGUGUUAUAAUGCCUAUAAUUUAACACAAUUAAUACAUUCGAUAUAUUGAGAUACGCACUUUAUGUUUAUAUAAGUAGAAGAAAAUGCAUAGAAUAGCGUUAUAGUGGGCACACAUGACAGGAAAAUUACCUACGACAAUGCAAUAUAACGAGACGUCAACAACAGCCACAGAUGCCAUGGAUACGACUACAACGAAUCACAAGAACACCAUUGAAGAUAUGCUCCAUAUGUCCACGGGCACUGCAAUCGGUGUUCUACUGGCGGUGUUGUGUGCCAUAGGAGGCAUCGCAUUUCUUCUGGCGUAUCUCUACAAGAAAGGGAAAUUAUCGUGCGCAACAUGUAGAAACUACGUGCGAAUUCGCAAGCGCACGUUGUCGAUCUCAAGCACUGGACAGUCUGCCGGUAACGAUGCAACAUUCGUCACGGACCCUACCAGACCGAACCAAGAGAGACAACUCUUCAGUAUUGGCGAUCAAGAUGGCGGCGAUGAUGGCCGACCAAACACUAAUCUGAGACGACGAUUACCGACCGAGGACGAGUUUUUCUACGACGAGGUAUUUGAGAAAUCAGCUUUUGUGGACGAGAGAACACAGAGGGCUAACAAACAGCUCGUGAGUGAUGACGACUUUGAGAGAAUGUUGGAUGAACUAGAAGUUCCAGAUCUUGAUUUCAAGAAACCGUCAAAAUCAUGAAACCUUUUUAAUUGGAAGAAAGCGUGCCAUGCUGUUCUAAAUGUUCGACAUAUGUGUUGUAAUAGCAUGACACGUACAUACCUUCGGGGGAAAAAAUGUUCGCAAAUUCCGUUUUAUUAGGUUCGUCAUGUACUCAAUUUUAUAAGCUGGUGAGUCAGCCAACAAAACGGUUAAAAUUCUAACCAACGACGGAUUUGUUGCAAACGUGUUAAAAUUGGGGUAUACAUGAAGUAGUAAUCGUAUUUUAAAUUAUCUAUUGGUAUUUAAAAUACGGUGUUAACAAUGCAUUUAUCAAACAAAAUGUAUUAGGAAAUAUUAUUUUUAUCACAAUUGCAGAAUAGAGAUUUCUUGCUUACCAACGAAACAAACAACAGACAAAAAAUCUUCCUCUUAGAUAGUCUGCAAUUGAAACUAUUUAUUACAUAAGUAAAAUCAUUAAAUCACCAAUUCAUCAUAUAAAGCUUAACGGCACGAACAAAUAAAAACUUCAUGCAUAUUGCUAUUUUUCUUCAAAUUAAAUAUUAGAACUUACAUAAUAAAUAAAUACAUGAAUUUACAUUACAAACCCCCCAAACAUAGUCAUAACAUGCAUUUGUGUAUUUAAAACAAUUUCCACGAAUAUUAACUGUAUUAUAACUUCUAACAGGACACUUAGUCUCUAAUUAUCCGAUCUGACCAAAAUGUUACCAGAGUAGGAGUGGUGUCUGGUUUAGAUUAUUACGCCAUUGAUGUUUUAUAUGAUGUCAUUAUAGGCAAUACAAUAAAUAUCGAUGUCAUGAUUAAUAGACUAUAUAGUGUUUGACGACUUUGAUUUGUGAACAGAUGUUUGUUUGCGAGGAAUGAUUCUGUUUUGCUGGAGGUAAAUAUAUUGAGGAUUUUAGGUUAUGACGGCAGCGGGCCGAUUAUAGACGUCCGGCCCAGCUCUGCCGUGUGUUAUUGUCUAAAUAGAUCAUUCGUUUAAAAGUCGUUGCCAAAGUGUUCAUCUCAAAAUCAAAUAGACUCAUUUUUCGGAUCCAUCACCAUUUGUUUUCAGAUUUCCUGAUUUCACAUAAUUUGCAUACCUCUGAACAGCAAUAUGUAAAAUGUUUUGUCAUUCAGUUAUUAAUCUAUAUGAUGUGUUUUAUUUAAUAAACUGUUGUAAUGUGUUGCGAGUCGCCACCACCAACGACAUUAUGAGAUUUCAUGAUUACUACAACAACGAAUUACAGAGAAACUGUUUAAGGUAUGUUGGCCAAAUUGGUUACAGAUAAUAUCGUUCACACAGAUAAGAAGAAAAGUAAAUAAUAUUUGGUAUAAUAAAUGCGAUUGAUAUACACUUGGUUAUUCUUUAGAGCACAGUAAAUACUAUUUGGUAUAAUAAAUGCGAUUGAUAUACAA